AUGGCUCGCUAUGUCAUGCUGCCCACCACUGUGCCUCUGAAAUAUAAAGAGUUUGAGCGCUCUGUGCAUGUGGAGGAGAUUGACGGACUGAAACUGGUCAAGAAGCUGGCCGAGAAUAUGGAGGAGAUGUUUCACAAGAAAGCUGACGCCAUGAAGCGAUUGGUGGAGGCAGCAGAGGAGGCUCACCUGCAGCAUGAAGAGGAUCCUGAUCUCCAGUACGAGUACUUCAAUGCGGUGCUGAUAAAUGAGGUGGAUGAGGAGGGGAAGAGCGUGGAGCUGGGAGGAGAGUUCAUCCUGCAGCCCAACGACCACUUCAACAACCUCUCUGUCAACCUCAGCCUGAGCGUGGUGCAGGUGCCCACCAACAUGUACAACAAAGAUUCAGCCAUCGUAAAUGGAGUGUACUGGUCCGAGGCCCUUAACAAGGUCUUUGUGGACAACUUCGAGAGAGACCCCUCUCUUAUAUGGCAGUACUUUGGGAGCGCAAAGGGCUUCUUCAGACAAUAUCCAGGUAUAAAAUGGACCCCGGAUGAGCACGGCGUCAUAGCGUUUGACUGUCGAAAUCGAAAAUGGUAUAUUCAGGCGGCGACGUCUCCUAAGGACGUGGUGAUCCUGGUGGACGUGAGCGGCAGCAUGAAGGGCUUGAGGCUGACCAUCGCCCGCCAGACCGUCUCCUCCAUCCUGGACACACUGGGCGACGACGACUUCUUCAACAUUAUUGCUUACAACGAGGAGCUGCACUACGUUGAGCCGUGUCUGAACGGAACGCUGGUCCAGGCUGACGUGACCAACAAAGAUCAUUUCCGGGAGCAUCUGAAUAAGCUGUUUGCCAAAGGCAUCGGUAUGCUGGACAUGGCUUUGACCGAGGCUUUUGAGCUGCUCAAUGACUUCAACCAGACAGGCAGAGGGAGUGUGUGUAGCCAAGCCAUCAUGCUGGUAACAGACGGAGCCGUGGACACCUAUGACACUGUCUUCGCCAAAUACAACUGGCCCGACAGGAAGGUCCGUAUAUUCCCUUACCUGAUUGGCCGCGAGUCUGCCUUCGCCGAUAAUCUCAAAUGGAUGGCAUGCGCCAACAAAGGUUACUUCACCCAGAUCUCGACACUGGCAGACGUGCAGGAGAACGUGAUGGAGUACCUGCAUGUCCUUAGCAGGCCCAAAGUCAUCGACCAAGAGCACGACACUGUCUGGACAGAGGCCUACAUCGACAACACGCUUCUUCAGGCUCAGCAGAUGGAGGACAGCGGGGGGCCUGUGAUGAUGACCACGGUAGCCAUGCCGGUGUUCAGCACCAAGAACGAGACGAGGAACAGAGGCAUCCUGCUGGGAGUGGUGGGCACUGACGUCCCCGUCUCGGAGCUGCUGAAGGCCAUCCCCAAAUGGAAGCUGGGCAUCCACGGAUAUGCCUUUGCCAUAACCAACAACGGUUACAUCCUUACCCACCCAGACCUGAGACCACUGUAUGAAGAGGGAAAGAAGAGGAAGAAGCCCAACUACAGCAGCGUGGAUCUGUCGGAGGUAGAGUGGGAGGACAAGGAGGACAUGUUGCGAAAUGCCAUGGUGAACAGGAAGACCGGAUCUUUCUCCAUGGAGGUCAAGAAAACUAUCGAUAAAGGGAGACGUGUUCUGGUCCUGCACAAUGACUACUACUACACGGACAUAAAAGGGACCCCCUUCAGUCUAGGGGUGGCUCUGUCCAGGGGACAUGGGAAAUAUUUCUUCAGAGGGAGUGUCACCAUAGAGGAAGGAUUACAUGACCUGGAGCACCCUGAUGUGGCCUUGGCAGAUGAGUGGACCUACUGCAACACAGACGAGCAUCCUGAGCAUCGUUACCUGUCCCAGACUGAAGCCAUCAAGCUCUACCUCAGUGGCCGAGAGCCACACCUCAAGUGUGACAAGGAGCUGAUUCAGGAGGUGCUGUUUGAUGCCGUGGUAACGGCUCCCUUGGAGGCAUACUGGACAAGCCUGGCUCUCAACAAAUCAGAGAACUCUGACAAGGGGGUGGAGAUCGCCUACCUGGGCACUCGGACCGGCCUGUCACGGAUCAACUUGUUUGUGGUGCCCGAUCAGCUGAGUAGUCCAGACUUCCUGACGGCUGAAGAUAAAGAGGGAGUGUUUACAGCCGACCACUUCCCCCUGUGGUACAAGAGGGCUGCAGAGCAAGUGCCAGGCACCUUCGUCUACUCCUUACCUUUCAACGCAGGAAAUGAAAACAAGAGUGUGGUGUUGGCGAGCACAGCCAUCCAGCUCCUUGACGAGAGGAAGUCCCCCAUUGCUGCAGCUGUUGGGAUCCAAAUGAAACUGGAGUUCUUCCAGAGGAAGUUCUGGACUGCCAGUAGACAGUGCGCCGCUCUGGAUGGGAAGUGCUCCAUCAGCUGUGAUAAUGACGACAUCAACUGUUACCUCAUAGACAACAAUGGCUUCAUCCUUGUGGCGGAGGACGGCUCUUUGACGGGCAUGUUCUUCGGCGAAGCGGAGGGCGCCGUCAUGAGCAGACUGCUCGCCAUGGACUCCUUCAAGAGGGUGACCCUCUAUGACUACCAGGCCAUCUGUAGAAUCUUUGCUGAGAGCAGCGACAGUGCACACAGCCUUCUGGAUCCCUACUUCGCUGUCUUCGCCGCAGUCAAAUGGCUUCUCACCGAGCUUGUCAUAUUCCUGGUGGAGUUCAACCUGUACAGCUGGUGGUACUCCGAUCUCACAGCCAAAGCUCAGAGAGGAGGCAGAACUCUGCUAGUUCCGUGCGACACCGAGUACCCAGCCUUUGUGUCCGAGCGCACUAUCAAAGAGACCACAGGGAACAUCGAGUGUGAUGGCUGCAUCAAGUCGUUUGUCAUCCAGCAGAUCCCCAGCAGUAACCUCUUCAUGGUGGUAGUGGACAACAAGUGUGACUGUCGAGAAGCUGGACCGGUCACCAUGGACCCCAUUGAGAUCAUGUAUAUCGAGUCUCUGAAAUGUGACCGGCUGAGGUUUCAGAAGGACCGGAGGAGGCCAGACACCUGUCACCCUUUCCACCCUGAGGAAAACUCUAUGGAGUGCGGCGGUGCCCACGGCUUGACCCCGUCUCUCACAGCAACACUGCUCGCCCUUUUGGCCGCCCUCUACCCCAGGUGACGACCGAUGACUCUCCAUCCCAGACCUCAGGCUU